ACGGCGGGCGCGGGGUCUGCGGUCUCCUGAGCCCCGAUGUGAGGCGGCGGCGCCCCGGCCCGAGCGCGCACCAUGGGGGCCCCGCUCGCCGCGGCGCUGGGCGCCCUCCACUACCUGGCACUUUUCCUGCAACUCGGAGGCGCCACGCGGCCCGCCGGCCACGCGCCCUGGGAUAACCACGUCUCCGGCCACGCCCUGUUCACAGAGACGCCGCACGACAUGACUGCACGGACGGGCGAGGACGUGGAGAUGGCCUGCUCCUUCCGCGGCAGUGGCUCCCCCUCCUACUCGCUGGAGAUCCAGUGGUGGUACGUGCGGAGCCACAGGGACUGGACCGACAAGCAGGCGUGGGCCUCGAACCAGCUAAAAGCAUCUCAGCAGGAAGACACAGGGAAGGACGCCACCAAAAUAAGUGUGGUCAAGGUGGUAGGCAGCAACAUCUCCCACAAACUGCGUCUGUCAAGGGUGAAGCCCACGGACGAAGGCACCUAUGAGUGCCGUGUCAUCGACUUCAGCGACGGCAAGGCCCGGCACCACAAGGUCAAGGCCUACCUUCGGUGCAGCCGGGGGGAGAACUCGGUCCUGCACCUGCCCGAAGCCCCGCCCGCUGCGCCCGCCCACCCCCCCAAAGCGGGCAAGGAGCUGCGGAAGCGUUCGUUGGAUGAGGAGGCCUGCAGCCUCUAGACUGAUGCCCACCUGGCCGCCACCCACCCCGCGCCCCUACAGCUGUACAGAGUGCAUGAGGAGCCGCUGGACCCCUGGGGACGGGACGCCUGGGUCCAGCCGCCUCCCCAUCCCCCAAGACUGCCUGUGGCCACCACGUCGGCCCUCUGCCCCACCACUCCCCUUGCUCAGCAUGUAAGCCUGCCCGACCCUCCCUUUUCAGACCCCUGCGGUGACCUGGGCUCAGAGAAGGUGGCCCCCGGGCACUAAGGGGACGACCGCCCCGAACGCCGGGGUGGGCACCAUGCCAGGGCCAGGCUGCCUCUCUGUCACCAGCUUCAGUGGAGUCCAGUGUUUUGCUUUGCUUGCUUGUUCCCCAUCCUGUCCCAAGCCAGGGCCUCCCAGCCUUAU